UGGCAGAGGGGGGUAGAGGACACUGAAUGGAGGCCAGUGGAGGGAUUGGCAGAGAGGGGUAGAGGACACUGAAUGGAGGCCAGUGGAGGGAUUGGCAGAGAGGGGUGGAGGACACUGAAUGGAGGCCAGUGGAGGGAUUGGCAGAGAGGGGUGGAGGCCAGUGGAGGGAUUGGCAGAGGGGGGUGGAGGCCAGUGGAGGGAUUGGCAGAGAGGGGUAGAGGACACUGAAUGGAGGCCAGUGGAGGGAUUGGCAGAGGGGGGUGGAGGACACAGAGCGGUCGGUAAGGGAUUGGAUGUGGGCCUGAGAGGA